GAUGAGUCUUUCUAGUGUUUUUCUCGUUCGCGGCAGGUCGAACUUACUCACCCAAGUCCCCACUGACUGACGUGCGGUGGACCGCAUGGUAAUCGAAGAACAAUAGAGAGCAACCUCUCGAAGUGAGCACCGGAUGACUGCUUCCGCGACAUUGGCGCUCGGAAACCCUAGCCUCGGCCUCGCCAAACCGUUGCCGUCGUCCUUUCUCGGCGUCUGGAUCCAUCCCCAAUCUGGAUUGUUGCGCCGAGUUGGCUUAGCGUCGCCGUCGUCCGGACUUGCUGUCUCCUGCACUAUGACCAAGGAAGUCACGGCCGUUGAGGCAAGCAAGUACGAAAAUCCGGGCUUGGGGCUUAGACCGGAUUCCUUCGGUCGGUUCGGCCGUUUCGGGGGCAAGUACGUGCCGGAGACCCUUAUGUACGCCCUCACUGAGCUCGAGGAGGCGUUCUGGGCACUCUCCAAAGACGAGGAAUUCCAGAGAGAGUUAGAAGGAAUUCUUAGGGAUUAUGUUGGACGAGAAAGCCCACUUUACUUUGCAGAGCGGCUGACAGAACAUUACAGGCGUUCUGAUGGGCAAGGCCCUCAUAUUUAUCUAAAGAGAGAAGAUCUUAAUCAUACAGGUGCUCAUAAGAUCAAUAAUGCUGUUGCACAAGCUUUACUUGCCAAAAGGUUGGGAAAGAAGCGCAUCAUAGCGGAGACAGGAGCUGGUCAACAUGGGGUUGCUACAGCUACUGUCUGUGCUAGAUUUGGCUUGGAAUGUAUUAUUUAUAUGGGUGCCCAGGAUAUGGAGAGGCAAGCCCUAAAUGUAUUUCGAAUGAAGCUUCUUGGAGCUGAGGUAAGAGCUGUCCAUUCUGGAACUGCCACACUAAAGGAUGCCACUUCAGAAGCCAUACGUGACUGGGUGACCAAUGUUGAGACAACUCAUUACAUUUUAGGGUCUGUGGCAGGUCCACAUCCUUAUCCAAUGAUGGUUAGGGAAUUCCAUGCAGUAAUUGGCAAAGAGACAAGAAAGCAAGCUUUAGAGAAGUGGGGUGGGAAGCCAGAUGUUCUUGUUGCAUGUGUUGGUGGAGGUUCAAAUGCCAUGGGGCUCUUCCAUGAAUUUGUCGAUGAUAGAGAUGUGAGAUUAGUAGGUGUAGAGGCUGCUGGCUUUGGAUUGGACAGCGGUAAACAUGCAGCAACAUUAACAAAGGGAGAAGUAGGGGUUCUUCAUGGUGCCAUGAGUUAUUUGCUACAGGAUGAUGAUGGUCAAAUAAUUGAGCCUCAUUCUAUAAGUGCUGGGUUGGACUACCCUGGAGUUGGUCCCGAGCACAGCUAUUUGAAGGAUAUUGGACGAGCUGAAUACUUUAGUGUCACAGAUGAACAGGCUUUGGAAGCUUUCAAGCAACUGUCACGGCUGGAGGGUAUCAUCCCUGCUCUUGAAACUUCUCAUGCGCUUGCAUACUUGGAAGAUCUCUGUCCAACUUUGCCAGAUGGCUCAAAGGUGGUUGUCAAUUGCAGUGGCAGGGGCGAUAAGGAUGUCCAAACUGCUAUAAAGCAUCUUCACCUGUAAUGAGAACAUGCUAUGUUUAAUUAAUAGUUUGAAAGCAGAGGAAAAUACAAAACCAAAUUCAUCUGUCAGGACUAAGAGCUGUUUGUCGCAAGUCAUAGUUCUUCAAAAGUUGCUUUUAGUGGUUAAUAAAUUCUUAUCCAUUCGAUAGCAAUGCUUCCUUGUAGAAUGUUUUUGCCAAUUUUCUAGUAUAAUCUUAUGGAUAGCUUCAGUAA